AUGGGACUCUGUGAAUAUGUGCUGUCGAAAGACUUGGACAACAAUUUCUUGGUGCUCACAAAGAACGAACGCUGCUACGGUCGUUAUAGCUGCGUUUCCUCUGUAACUGUGUCGGUAAAGGGGCUAAAGAUUGAAAUAUCCAGAGGUGGUCGGUUUACAGUGUUUGGAAUCGCUAAGAACGCACCCUACACUAACCAUGGUACGAAAUUUUGUAUAUUUUCAUGCAAUUUAGUGAUAUUUAGAGAAAUACGAACUAACACAAUGGUCUCUAUUUUAUAGGUGUAACAGUGUCAAAGCGUGGUGCAAGAACAAUCCGAAUUGAUACGGAAAUUGGCGUAACGGUGGAAUAUGAUGGAGUUUAUAAUGUGUUUGUCACGUUAUCUGCGCGAUAUCAAGGAAAGACUGCGGGACUUUGUGGAAACUACAAUGGCAAUACCAAUGAUGAAUUUUUGGAUGUGAACUUCCAGCGUAGCCAUACCAUCUUACACUUUGCUGAUUCCUGGAAAGUUGACCAAAGCUGUCCAAAUUCGCCAAAUCCUGGAAAUCCAUGUCUUACUGCAAGUAGCAUUGCGCAAGAGGCGAAGAAGAAAUGUCAGUUGCUUAAACAACAACCGUUUGCAAAAUGUCAUAAUUCAGUGAAUCAAGAUUCUGGUUUCAUUAAAGAUUGUGAAUAUGAUGUCUGUGUGUGCAAUAAUCAUCCUUCAUCAUGUCUGUGUGAAGAAUUUGCUGCUUACGCCACCUCGUGUUCACUAGUUGGAGUUCCCAUUACGUGGAAAAAUCUUCCUCAGUUUGCUGAGUGCA